AUGGCUGAGGCCAUCGGUUUGGCCGCUAGUAUCGCUGGUCUCGUGCAACUCACUGGGUCCGUCUUUAAGCAACUCACCAAGUUCUGCAGGGAAGCCAAAGACGCUCCGUCAAAAGCCCAAGACCUUGCCACCCAGGCAAGAGAUCUCGCUGGCAUUUUCGAAAACCUCAGAUUGUUGGCUUCGGCAUUGGAAGAGCGAGACUCAAAUCCGGCGCUCAGGCCACAACAUCUCGAGUCGUGUCGAAAGACAUUGAAUCAGAUCAAUAGUAAGCUUGACAAAGCGCUGUCUGACUUCGAUGGUGGCAAAUCAGCACGGCGUUUUGUCCGAAAGCUGAAAUGGCCCUUUUCACUGCAGGAAACCAAAGACUUGGUUGCCGAGCUUUCGAAUCAUCGCGCCAAUCUUCAUCUUGCACUUUCCGCAGACAGUAUGGAAGCUUUGAUGAAGAGUCUGGCUAAACAAGAUGAAGUCCAUAGCAUGAUCGAAAGGAGGAUCAGUUUUGAGACUCGAGUUGAGCUUAACAAGAGACGAAAAGAGAUCAUGAAUUUCUUUCUACGCGUGAAACCUCAGGACUACCUCGAUGUUAGCCGUGGAUUGCGACAUGAAGCCACUGGGUCUUGGCUUACGAGCGACAAUUCUACGUUUGAAAGAUGGAAGAAUGGAUCAAACUCCAAAUUGUGGCUUAGUGGCAUUCCAGGGAGCGGAAAGACUGUUCUGUGUGGGCUUGUCAUCGAGACAGUUCUCGAACAGAGCGACGAUCUUACAGCAAUCUGUUUCGCGUUCUGCGAUUACAAGAACCCGGAUUCGUGUCUCCCCGAGAAUAUUAUGGCGGCACUUGCAGUCCAACUUGGUCUUCAAGGCGAAGAAGCCUUUGAUCUUCUCGAAGAAUAUUUCGACAUGCUCCAUCCCGACGACAAGCUUCCAACCAAACCAAGAUUAGAAGAUCUUGUGGAGCUCGUUGGAUGCAUGUCUGAAGUUUAUGAGAGAGUCUUUGUUAUAGUUGACGGUCUAGAUGAAUGCGGUGAUCAAGUAACUCCUAUGACUCGGUCCUUGAAGGCUAUAGUAGAUGGGUCUGAGACUGUCAGCUCUGCCCUUUUCAGCCGAAAGGAAGAAGAGAUUUGUGAGCAACUGGCUGAGGGAUUUGAGCACAUAGAGGUUUCAGCCCAUGUGAAGGAUCUGGAAGACUACACGCUUGCGGAAGUCAGCAAACGCAAAGUCCUCAAGAACAUCGAAAGAACGAACCCUGACCUCUACAAGGACAUUCUUCAUGCUUUGGUUCACGGAGCUCACGGGAUGUUUCGAUGGGUAGCUUGCCAGAUCGAUCAUAUCUGCAAUCUUCCCAACAACAAAACUCGAAGGAGGGCUCUAACUGAGCUGCCCCCAACUCUAAACGAGACCUAUGAUCGUGUACUGCAAAGAGUCAUGCAAUGCCCGCCCGAAACUCAGACCUGUAUCCGAAAAGCACUCCAGUGGACAGCGUUGGGAUCACCCAAGAUGAACAUCGCGAGUUUAUGCGAAGCAGUCUCGUUUCAUCCGGAUAUGGAUGUAUUCGAAGCCGAUGAUGUGAUUGAGCCUGAGGUUGUAUCGCGUAAUUGCGGGUGUCUGUUACGAAAGUCUCUAGACGGAAAUUACUUCGAGUUUGCCCACUUUACAGUCUUGGAAUACCUGGAGCAGACUGAAGUUGGUGACUUCCGAUACCAAGAAGAGGAUGCUUACCUGUCGUUCGCGCAAACGUCACUUGGCUACCUGUUGCUGCCACACUUCGAUCGGAUUCCGACCAUCAUCGAUACAGUCGAGGAAGCCUAUGCCAAAGAGAGGUAUCAAAAGCACCCUUUCUACAAGGUCGCCUCCUAUACUCCUCUGGGAAUACAUAGAAGCUCAACUUCUUUUCCUAUCCAUCUGAAAGUCAUGGAAGAAGAAACGGUGCUAGAACUUCUCAAACGGCUGUUCGAUAUCCACAAGAGCGGCAACUUUAGGACAUGGGUCCACGCGUUGUUGUCUGGGAGACAGAACGAACUAUCGACUAUGCAUCAACUGACAAACGGUCCACUACAUUUCGCGGUGUUUCUGCUAAGUCCCAAGCUAUGUCAAUUUCUUAUUAAAUGUGGUGUCGAUGUGAAUGUGGUUCGAGAUAACCUUACCCCACUUGCCACAACAAUCGCUCUAGAAGAAGAAGGAUCUUUUGGGGAAAAGAUGAAAGAUUCUCGUGUCAUAGAGCAAAUUGUUUGCACAAUCAAUGUCCUCUUAGACAAUGGUGCUGAUACUGCAUUUGUCAUUGAGGGCCAGAGUUGCAUGGCUCACGCUAUCAGCUCAUUGCCUGGCCACUACCUUCUCCCAUUUAUCCGUCCAUCGUCAGCCGUCCCAGACGAUGCACUCAAAGCCUUUUCAAACUUUGAGUGCAAGGACAAAUCUGAUGACUUGGUACUAGAGGCUAUACUGCGUUUAGCUGUUGGGGACGAAGCUUGUCCUCAAUGGAAACCACUAGCGCCCAAUGCGUUGUCUUUCUCUCGUGGACGUGGCCUUGAUUUACCGCCUGUGGCUCUCAAUCCUACGGCCUAUAGCUAUAGCGACCUUGAGUAUCGACAUGCACUUGAGAUUGCUGCUAAGUUUGGACUGGUCGAGGAGCUGUCAACACUCAUCUUGGAUCCACGUUAUAGCGACGCUAUUGCUAAGCCGAGCGACUUCGAGCUGCUGAGUGCCGCAGCUAGAAGUACAUCAGCCAACAGCGGCAAGACAAUCGAUCUCCUUCUCGAUUCCGGUAUUGAUCCACAUGUCUGUGGUACCUCUGGGCAGCACUGUCUACACAUCAGUUGUGAGUCAAGCAAUGUGGAUGUAGCCUCAGCUCUUCUUUCUCGGGGGGUCGAUCCCGGAUCUAGAGACAAAAAUGGCCAGACCUCAUGGCAUGCAACUUGCUAUAACGGACACGAAAAGGUCAUAUCCCUACUUCAGCGAGAUGAUGACAAUGCCUUGGUGAAUCUCGCCACUAUAGACAAGGAUGGGCGAACACCCUUCUCUGCUGCAUUUCACAGUAGCCAUAUCAAGGUAGCGCUGGUCUUGUUGGAUAUCCUACCAUGCGAAGCGAAUUAUUUUGUUUCAAAGGAUUCAAUAAUGCAUGAUGUAGCAGCACUUGGUUCCUUGGAGCUAUUGACUGCAUUACGAGAUAAGGGAGUUACAGACAUGGACGUCUCCAACGCGGAAACGACACCUAUGCAUCACCUGAGCGCCACAUGCACUCCAGAGUUUGCCCGAUCCUUGGCCGAGCUUUAUGAUGCAUUUUGCGCUGACAACUCAGGGACGUUCCCAUUCCAAAUGUUCUUCGAGCGAUGGCUUCGUCACAACAUUCCUGUAAAGUUUGAUGAGACGAUACCCUUGAACCCCGAAAUGUUGAAGGUCCUCAUCCCAAAGGACAAUGACUUUUCGCACGAUGGUAAGGUGACACACACCUGGCAACUAAUUUGUGCUGGUCUGGCCAAAGAGGAGAUAUGCUGCGAAGUUGAUACCUUUGUCCCUGGCGAGUGCUACUACUAUUUCUCCAGAGAUCUGACAACACUCGUCAAACAUGGUUUUCUUUCCUCGUAUGAGAGUACAAGGAAUACAUCUGGUUUGGCUCCUCUUAUGGGAUCUCUAAAGGAUUGGACAAGAGAUCAUUUUUGCUCAACAUCAUUUGUCACUCUUCUCUCCCAAGUUAUCGGGUCCUCAAAGAUCAGCAUCUCGCUUCAGGCUGUCGACGAUAGCUAUCAUUUCUUCAAGUUAGCUAUGUUGAGGGCCAGUCCUGAGGUUAUAGUUAAGCUUAUCGAUCUCGGUGUUGACGUUCAUCGACGGGUCCCUGAGGAUAUAUCAAGCAGCCCAAUGUCAUUAUUUGAGAUAGCGUGCAAAGAGGCAAGUCUUGAGACAUUCAAGGCCAUAUUGGAGACUGUUACUUCUCAAGAUGUUAACGCAUUUCGUCCGACUGGCCAAACCCCACUGGAGCUGGUUGUCAAAGGUUCAAGCCCAGAUAAGACAUCUCUGAUCAAAGCACUAGACGACAAGGGACUUGUUCAGUCGCCUGCCGACCUUGCAACACCUGUAAUCAUUGAGGCUGCAAAGCAAAACGACUUAUCACUGGUAAAGUGCCUAUCGGAGAUUGGGCAUGACCCCUUUGCUGUGGACGUUCAUGGUUGGGGAAUCCCCCAAUGGGCUGCCACCAACCGUCAGCUUGAUAUACUCAAGUGGAUAGUUGAAAGGUCUUCUAGCCCUUCCCAGUGGCAAGUUGCUCCUACCUCCACCUGGACUAGCACGAACCAAGCAAAGACACAGAUAGUUGACCACCAAGUCAGUUUACUACACUUUGUAGCUGACCUGCCGGACUUCCUGUCGUACUUCUUCGAAAACCAGUUCUUCGACAUCAACAUCAGCACUCUCCACGGAAGAACAGUGCUUCACUAUGCAGCGAUGAGAGCGUCUAUGGCUUGCUGUUCGAUGUUGUUAGAUCAGGGAAUAAAUAUCUCUGCUCAGGAUAAAGAUGGGAAACUUGCUGUAGACUACGCCCUCGAGACAGGUUUCAACGAGAUUGCCUCGUUUCUGCUAGCAUCAGGCUCUCCUCUUCCCCGGGGCCAGGUUGCAGUUACAGGCGAAAUGAUAAAGGACUUGACUUCCAUUGAAGGACUACAGCUAGCCCGGAGACGCGAAUUCGAAGCUGCCAUUAUGAAUGGCAAUCUGGCGCAGUGCAAAGUGGCUGUCAACCAGGGGUGUUUUAUCAACCAGCCUUUGCCAAGCUGUCACUCCUGUACCCCUAUCUUCACCGCUAUAAGAGCCCAGAAGCCCGUCAUAGUCAAUUGGCUCCUUGACGAGGGUUCAAGCACAUACAGCUUCUUUUGUAACCGUCACCCGACACAAAAUCUAUUCACUCACGCUGUCACUGCCAUGGAGCCAUCAGCCUAUAUUGAGAAAUUGCUAACAACCGCUUUGAAGUCUCGAUCAAUCACACGAGCAUAUCUUGUUGACGCUAUUUGCCAGAAUAUUGGCAAAAGGAACUUGCAUGUACUGAAGCUCAUACUGAACCAUUUUAAAAAAAAUGUUGACGAAUAUUACAACGCCUGGAAGGGUGGGCUUGAUUCUGCCCUUGGCGGUGAUUCCGCUGAGCAGCUCAAAUCCGCACUGAUCAAUUAUCAUAAUCCGGUCGUUUUCCCGCAUAGGACGCCACUGCAAGUUGCAGCAGCAACUGGGAAUGCUGAGAUGGUGAAGUUUUUGAUUCAACAAGGCGCCCAUAUAAAUGUGUUUGAUAAACAUCACGAAACGCCUUUGAUCAUCGCGGCCAGUUACAACCAUGUCCUUGUUGUGACGGAACUUUUGCGACACAAUGCCAUUGUUGAAACGAGCAACAUGUUUGGUAACACUGCCAUGUCAUUGGCUGUUCUCAUGGGUCAUUUAGACAUUGUAAAGCUGUUAGCAGAAGAGCGGCCAUCUUCAUUGCAGUAUAGGAACAUAGACGGGUCAAAUCUCCUACUCAGGGCAUCGCAAGAAAGCUCAUCGCUGGCCACUUUCAAGUACCUUCUGUCAAAAGGGCUCGAUAUUCACCAAAAGAGCGAGGACGGAAUACCUAUGCUUGCUUUCCCUUUGCUUCAAGGCAGGUAUGUCGAAUAUUUAUCUCAAUCUCGGUGGCUCGACGGAGCAUUAGCUUUUCCUACGCCAAAGCCAGACAGCAUUCUCAACAACGCCAUCGUCUUUUGGACAACAAGCCAGAUCAAGCGGUUACACAAAUCGUUGCCACCUCGCGAUGCGAAUCUUCUUUUAAACAUGAAGGGUAGAUCUCAUGGGACCCCUCUCUGUCUAGCGGUAUUUGGGUGCAAUGUGGCGACGACUGCUCUGUUACUAGACCUUGGAGCGGACGUGAAUAAGGUAGGGUCUUGGUUUGGGACACCUCUCAUGUGCGCUAUUACCUUCGGGAAUUUAGAGCUAGUCAAGCUACUUAUCCAACGAGGCGCCGGUCUGCAAUACGCUGACGACAACGGGGACAUGGUUAGUGCACUUGAGGAGAGUCUACCGUAUCCCAAUAUCACUCAGUGGUUGCUGGUUGGCAGGUUUCAAGAUCAGAAGAAGCUGGAAGACAAGGCGUUCAAUGGCGAAUGCGCCAUUAGGCCAUGGAGUGGUAAAACAGAGUACAUGACAUUAUUGAAAGGCUCUCAUCGACGUCGUUGGGAGGAGUCGACUCUUGACUACUGUAAAAGACUUGCUGGGUUAAAGCGAAUAUUGAGAGGCAGUACGGCUUUCGUGGAGUUCGUUUAG